CACCUACAGGCUGUACUGGUCAAGGGUUGGACGCAGCGGUCCACUUGGGGCUUUCCGAAAGGCAAAGUUAACAAAGAUGAACAAGGGAUCGAUUGCGCAAUUCGAGAGGUGUAUGAAGAAACUGGCUAUGACUUCACAGCCAGGGCAAAUCCAGAACAUUUCAUCACGGUGAACAUGCACGGACACGACAUCACCUUGUUCAUAAUUAGAGAUGUACCCGAGGAUACAUAUUUCUGUCCCAGAACCAGGAAGGAAAUCAGUAAAGUGGAAUGGAUGAAGAUAUCUGACCUACCAUCCAGUCGUGAGGCCUCAGUAGAUAAGCGCAACCAGUUCUUCAUGGUGAUACCCUUCACUAGAUCGCUGCGGCAAUGGCUGAAGAAACACAAAGCUCUCUUCGCUGCCGCCCGGACCAAAGGCGCGCGAAGCGGUCAAGCCAACCCACCCACAGUACCCACGGGUACUUCGGAUGUAGACAACGACCUACGGCGCAUGCUGGGCCUCGCAAUAGGGCCAAGUAGUAGCCAGUCAGGUACACUCGCCAAUGGCCGGGUGGGCGAUGCGGUGGGUGGUGGAGCCAGGGACCCUGUGAUGACUAUCUCUACUACUACUAGCAACGUGCAGAUACAGACCACCACGAUACAGGAGCAGGUACAGAUAGUGGACAUGCUGACACACGAGGAGGUGCAUACAGAGGUUGAUGUAGUUAUGCGAGUGCCCGUGUUUUCACAGCCUGAGGCCGAGAGUUUAGGUGUAGAGGGUGCGGGUGUUGGCGAGUUCUGUUUUGAUGUGCUGCGGAUAGAGGAGGCUGUGAACAACUGCAUGGCACAGUACCUGCGAAGCGAACCGGACAUUGGUAUCACGUAUUAGACCCAUGAUAUCACACGUUUGACCUGGGUACCACAAAUUGAGCUAUAUA